GUUGCUCCGAUUUGACAAUCACACACAAAUUUCUUACAUUAGGUAACAGAAAGUACGACGAACAGUUACCAGUUACACUAUGACCACAGCCGUGCUCGGUGCCGGCCUUAGUGGGCUAUCAGCCGGCUAUUACCUGUUGCGACGUUUCGGCAAACCUUUGACCAUUUACGAAGCAUCUCCACGCGUCGGCGGUUGGAUACGCACCGAAGGGCACAAGGAUCGGGGCUUCCUGUUCGAAGGUGGACCGCGAACAAUACGCCCCAAAGGCGUAGCGGGUGCCAACACACUCGAGCUGAUAGAAGAACUCGACCUGCCCAUUCACCCCAUUCCCAGCUCCCAUGUGGCUGCAAAGAAUCGCAUGCUCUAUGCCAAGGGACAAGUGUGCAUGCUGCCAAACAGUCCCAAGGGCCUAAUCCGCACAGUCCCACCUUUUACGAAGCCUUUGUAUAGAGCUCUGCUCCAUGACUUGUUUACGGGCAGCACUCUGGCCAAGAAUGAGGACGAAUCUAUUUACAGCUUUACCAAAAGGCGAUUCGGCAAGGAGAUAGCCGAUUAUGCCAUCAGCCCGAUGAUCUGUGGUAUUUGUGCCGGCGACGCUCACGAAAUCAGCGUGCGAUUUCUCAUGGAGACUCUCUUUGAGAACGAGCAGAAGUACGGUGGAGUGCUGAAGGGUGCCUUCUACGCCCGUUUCAAGGACAAAGUGGACGAGAAGAAACCGGGCUUAUUUGCCAGGGGCGAGCCCAAGCUUUUCCAGCAGGCCACCAAGGAGAAGUGGGCCAUGUAUGGCGUCGAGGACGGCCUGGAACAGCUGCCCCGCGCUAUGCGUAAAUAUCUAGGCGAACACGAUGUGAAUGUGCAGUUGAGCAGCAAAUGCUCCAAUCUAACCUUUAGCAGCGACGGUGCACGGAUUAGCCUGCGCGACGCCGAAGUGCCGGUGAGACACGUGAUAAGCGCUCUGCCAGCACACCAAUUGGCGGCGGUGGUGAGGGCGCAGCAUCCAUCCCUGGCAGCCCAAUUGUUGGAAAUACCCUACGUGGACGUGGUGGUGGUCAACAUCCAGUACAACAGUGACCAACUGCUGAAGCACAAUGGCUUCGGCCUGCUGGUGCCGCCCGUUGAGAAGCUGCCCAUACUCGGAGUGAUCUUCGACAGCUGCUGCUUCGACAUGGCGGGCAACACGAUCCUCACCGUUAUGAUGGGCGGUCGCUGGUUCGACCAGUGGUUCGGCAACCAGCCGAGUCAGAAGAAGCUGCGCGACAUUGCCCACCAGCACGUCCGUCAGAUCCUGCAGAUCAAGGAGGAGCCCGUGUUCAGCCGGGUGCACAUGCUCCACAAAUGCAUUCCCCAGUACACAGUGGGUCACAAGCGACGCGUGGAAAACAUUAGGAAGUACAUCAAGGACUACAAACUGCCUUUAUCCCUGUGUGGCGCAGCCUACGAUGGCGUGGGCAUCAACGAUGUCAUCUUGUCUGCGCGCAGACAGGUGGAGGAGCUGCCAUCGCCGUCGGAACCUUGAACUGAAAUUCACAUAUUUCCAUUCAAU